CGGACUCCCUAGCGCCCGGUUAUCGAUUCUCGUAAGCAGUUUGUGUCUGUUUCCAUCUCACCUUCCUCCAUUUCACUAUCAAUUGCAAUAGUUGAUAGUACGAAGCUUUUUUCCAUCUAUUGUCAUGUGGCAGAAUCAACCACAACAAUUCAAUCAGUAUGGUAAUAAUAACAACAAUUACUAUAAUAUAAUCGCUGAAACAACUACAUUCAAUCCAAAUCCAAACGCUUCAAUUGAUUUUGUCGUGACUCAAGUGGAUCGAUUGUCCAAUCAGAUUAACAGUUUAGUUGCUGAUGGAGAAACAGCAGGUCUACAAAUUGCUGAUCGUGGGGUCGAAACUUUUAAUCGAAUGUCAAAUGCUUUCAAUAAUGGAACAAUACAAAAUAUCAAUCGAAUCGGGGACAUUGCAAGUGAAAAGUUUCACAACUGGCCAGUAACAGAACUCAUUAUUAUGGUAACUAUUGGUGCAGUUUUGGUUGUGAUAACUUUAAUAUUCCUCUUUGUCUUAUGUGGAGAACGCGUCACUUUGUAUCGGAAUCGAAAGAAGUUGACAACUGAAAUGGAUAUUGAGACUAUCUGAAGACUUCAUUCAAUUUCCAUAUUAUUAUUGCUCGAUCUCAUUUUCAUUUGUGUACUAAAAACUCCAUGAUUGAAUAAAAUAAAAGAAAAAGUGU